UCAACUGCGAUUCGAUGUCAUGCAAAUUUCAGAACAGCGUGACACCAUUCUUCUCCAGGUCUCAGACUCGUCGACCAUCCGGACAUUCUUCGUCUCUUUGGAUACAACAAGGAAUCUCGCAUGAGAUUUCAAUCAUGUGAGUCUGGUGUGAGUGCUUUAUCUCGAUCAAUUGGCCGGAGAGAUUCUCAGACCUGGAGAAACCGUUAUGGACUCUCUCCGGGGAUCCUUCCACGGAGAGUUGUGUCGCACGAGUCCCUUCAACAGUUUCGUAACCAUUCGUUGCGGUGCGCAGGAUUUUGUAGCCAAUACAUGUCCCUUUGCGGUAAUCCGCGGCCCAACUCUUGUCAGGUGGACUUCCUCCAUUCACUGCAACAUUCGUAAUUUGAAACUUUGUCUCCUCUGCCAACCAACAGUGAAGAGAUUGAAGCAAUCGCGGCCCAGCCCUUUGCAGAGAUUGUACACCACACUCCACAGAACGUCGGAUCAUUGUGCAGGGCCCCCCAACGCCACGGGCUUGCCUUUAGCCAUUUGGCUAGGGGCGGGAGCGCACAUCGCGGGCACAGCGCAUCUUGCAUAUUGCAAAAAUCGAUCCUGGUGGGGAAUCACGAUUCUGCGAACAAUGGACGAACCACAGCUGCUCUCGCAGAGCGACUGCAGCAACAAUGUAGGAUUGCCUGUAGAUCACGACACCCCAUCACAGAUCCAACGUCGUGAUCAGUCGAGUAUCGAUGUACCUUGUCGUUGUAGUGUGGACUGCGGAUACGGCCGGUGAGCGUUGCUCCGUCCCUGAUUCGACUCGGGCCGCUCCCAUCGCUGAUGAUCCCAAUGGCAAGGCGAAAGGGGGGAGGGUUUGAGAGUGCGAGGCCCUCUGCAACACUCCAUUGGCCUCGCCGUGAGGAUUCGCGAGAGACAUCGAGAG